GUGGGCGUGCGUCAGUAGAUAAAGAGCCGUUCUGCCAGAGCUGCAGGAGUCACUUUCUGAACCAGUACUUCAUCUGCAGCGUCUCUUCCACUCUUUAACCCAAACAUGGCCAGAAGCUUCGGAAGCAACAGACGAAAUGAUGAGGAGCUGAGGAUAGUGAUGGUGGGGAAGACCGGGUCCGGGAAGAGUGCCACUGGAAACACCAUCCUGGGACGGCAUUGCUUUGAGUCAAAGUUCAGUGCAAUUUCCAUGACUGUGGACUGUUCCAAGGGCAAAACCACGGUGGAUGGGCAACAGGUCGCUGUUAUCGACACCCCGGGCCUGUUUGACACCAGGUUCGGCCUGGAUAAAACAACACAAGAUGUCUGCCAGUGCAUCGCUUACGCUGCUCCUGGACCUCACGUGUUCCUGGUGGUCAUCAGUCUGGGAAGAUACACUGAAGAGGAAAAGCAGACGGUGCAGAAAAUUCAAGAAAUCUUUGGCCAGGCUGCAGACAGGUACAGCAUGGUCCUCUUUACUUGCGGGGACCAGCUUGAAGGCACCAUUGAAGACUUCUUGGGGGAGAGCCCAGACCUGCAGGAACUUGUGCACAGAUGUAACGGCCAGUACCACGUCUUCAACAAUAAGCUGAAGGAUCGCUCUCAGGUCACUGACCUGCUCCAGAAGAUCCGAAAUAUAGCCCAGGAGAACGGAGGAAGCCACUACACCAACGAGAUGUUCCAAGAGGCUGAGAGAGUAGUUGAAGAGAAGAAACAACGUAUCCUGAAAGAGAAAGAAGAGCAAAUACGCAAAGAGAAAGAGAAACUGGAGAAGAAACUACAGAAAAAAUAUGAAGAAGAGAUGAAGAAAUUGAGUGAACAACUCCAGGCUGACAGAGAGAGGGAGAAGAAAGAGAGAGAGGAGGAGAUUAAGAGAGAGAAGCAGCAGAUGAUUGAGGAGAGAAAGAGGGAGAUGAAAGAGAAAGAGGAGGAGAUGAAGAGAGAAAGAGAGAUGAUGGAGAGGGUGAGACAGAUUGAGACAAUGGAAAGAGAAGCAGAGAGGAAAAGAGAGGAAGAGAAGAGACAGAGGGAGAUUGAAAAUCUGAAGAACGUUUUCCAGGAACAGCGUGAGAGAGAAGGGAAAAAUGAACAAGAAAGGUUGAGACUGCAAACACUGAAUUCCAUGAAGGAAAUGCAUGAACAACUCCAGGCUGACAGAGAAAGGGAGAGGAAAGAGAGAGAGGAGGAGAGGAAGAGAGACAAGGAGCAGAUGAAUGAGGAGAAAAAGAGGGAGAAGGAAGAGAAAGAAGCGGAGAAAAAGAGAGACAGGGAGGAGAGAGAAAAGGAAAUGGCGAAAAUUAAAGAACAGCAUGACAGAGAACUGAGAGAAGAAGUAAAACGGAUGCAGUCAGAGCAUGAAAGAAAAGCCAGAGAGGAAGCGGAGGAGUCCAAUCCACUCUAUUAUCUGGUAAAAGCUGGAGAAUGUGUAGUUGAGGGAGUCAAAAAGGUGGGCGAAGGAAUCAGUAACGUGGGAAAGUGGAUAAAGGCCUGUUUCAAGAGUUCCUGAAACAACAAAACAUAUCAUCCACAGAAUUACAGCAAAUGUCAGAGAGUUACAUUGACUUUGAGAUUCAUUUUAACUCUAAACUGGUGUUUAUGUUGUUCCCAAUCUUGUCAGUGUUACAUAAACACUCAACAAAGUGUUAACAAUUUAACUCGGAAGUGUAAAAAAUGAAUCUGCUCAGUGUUAAAUACAGUAGAGUUAAAAGUCCUUGACACUGGAAAAUUAACUUUAAGAAUUUUUCUGUGUACAAUCAUAUUAUACACGCACAUUGAAAUCUUUGUUCAUUAUUCUUUUGUUAAGGCCUAAGGAGGUAUUCAGUGUGUAAAAUGUUUAAAUAUCACACAUAUCACACUAACAAAUUGCAGCACUUAAAUUGUACUUAUGGCACUAAUAACAAGGUGUUAAACCGCUCGUUUGAUGAAAUUACACUUUCUUGUUUAGUUAGUAAUUAGUAUCUUUAUGGUUGAAAUGCACUUAU